UGGCGUUCGUUAGAUAUUCAGCCGACAUGCGACGAGGUGAGCGUUGGUGUUAUGCUGUAUCUGCUCCAACUUACAAACCUGGGUGUAAAAAUGUAAGUUGAGAUUAUAUACUUACUCGGGCAAAUAUAGUAUUGAUCGGUGGAAGAAAUAAGAUAUAUUUUGACGGGGCUUUGCCUAUUCAGAAACACGAGACGCGUCUUAGCCGGAUGGAAAAGUCGAGGUAUAAGCUCGAGAUUUACUAUGCUGGAACUAAAGACAGCCUAGAAAAGAUAGACGACUCGAACAAUGUCCUGAUGAACGAUCCUCUACGGGUGUUAAAGAUUCGAAAUUUACCCACUCCUUUCAAAGCCUUACCCGAGAAUUCGUUUAUGGUAGCAUCGGUUUUUGAAGAUCUGAAAGGUCGAUGGAACAAAGAAGCUAUCGCACAGCUAGUCCAUCAUGAACUUGGUCCUUUGUGUGAUGGAAUUGAGGGACCCAUAUGGUCCGAUAUCACGGUUAUGGUUGCUGGAGAGGCGGACGGUGGUUGUGCUGCUGCUUCCCAUCUUUUGGAUUGUGCAGUGCUAACAAAUGAUUCGGAUCUUUUGCUGUACGAUCUUGGAAGACACGGCUCCGUGAUAUUUUUGGAUUCUGUAGAGAUGAAGAAGCAGAAUACCCAGGUUCCAACAGCGGCAGAAAUUAGGGCCAUGAGUCUAUGUCCUAGUCUUCUGUCAAGUCGACUAGGAAUCUCGGACAUCAAGCGGUUUGCUUACGAAUUGAAAAAGAACCCCCGAGAAAGCCUAGCAGUUUUGCUGCAGAGGUCAAAACACCCAGCUUCUAUAGUCAAUGCGAACCCCGCCUACCGCCAUUUUCUAAAGGAGUAUCAACUUGACGCAGAGAAGCAGGACAUAAUGCUUCUAGAGCAAGAGCAGCCGCAGACGCUUGACAACAGAGUAUCCGAGAUUUUCUGGCAAUUCAAAGCCUUUGAUGGAUCAUCCGAGCAUAUGCCACGCAUGUAUCUUCCAAUCAUCAAUGAAGACCCUUCUCGAAAAUGUGCAUGGGAAGAUGGUCGAUCAUAUAGGACCAUCGGAUAUUCUCUGCUGAAUGCAUCUCGCCAAGCCAAUGCAAGGUUCAGCUCAGUCGACGAAUACACACGAAAAGGCGCGAGAAUUGUGCCAAGCAGGAUCGCCUUGCUUGACGAGCAUCAAGUUGAACUUGAGCUGAUAGCUUUCUCAAUGCGCGUGGACACGAUCAAAAGGGUACACCUUGGUAAUACAACCUCUGUACAGUUCUGGAGAAGUUUUGCGCUUGCGGAAAUAUACGGGCAGGCAAUUAACAAAGCCAAAAACCCUCGCCCUGCACAGCUGAAGCAAUUUAUCCGUGAAGGCUACCUGGAAGAAGAGUUGGACUGGCCAAGCGUUCAUUUAUCAGCACGCGUACAGGCCAUUUUUUAUUCUCUAAGAAUUCUCAAGCAGCUCCUCGGUGUCAUAAAGAUAGACCAAACGGUUAUGAAUGUGGCAGCGUCCACACUUGCAGGCCUUCCGCCACUACAUCUCUUGAUGAUGUCGAGGCGCGAGAUGGCCCAAAGAUAUACAAGCUGCUCAACGGAUUACGAAGAUUUCUUCCAUCAAAUUCUCGAUUCGAGCUCAGAAUCCGAAGACCCGCAGCAAACCCAAAUAUUCAAUCAGCUUCAAGGGAAUGCUGAGAAGGCUAUUGAGCAUCGUCUCGGGGACGGUACUGGUUCGAGAUCCAGUAACAUAUAUGACAUCCUGAUGGAGUAUUGAGAUAUCAUUCGAGAGCAGUCAAAGCAAUGAAUAAGACCUA